GCUGCAAUGACGGUUCUUGGUCCGGUACUGCAACGGGAGGAGCAUCUCUUCCUCUUCUUGGCGAAGCAGCUGAGCAUGAACCUACACCUAGGCUUCAACCUCUGCUACUUUCAUCAUCAUCAUCAUCCACUAGUACUUCAUCUGAGCAAGAACUAGACCACAGCCGCUCUGUUGAUUGUGAUUUUUUAUUUGAUGACCAAAAGACAGCGACAGGGACAGCCAUGUUGAUGAGCGGUGCGACUCCUCCCUGGGAACAACAUCAUGUGGUCCAACCAUCAUCAACGUCGUCACUCGCAGCUCACGACGAAUACUACAAAGCACUGACCAGUGGCUUCGUAAAGAGCAGCACCAAAUCUGAUUCGUCUUCAUCCAGUAGCGUUGGGCAAAAGGAAAGGAAGAGGAGAGCAGGUUGUCUUGCUAGGAAGCGUAGGGUAGAAGAGGAUGUGCUAGAGGUGUUGGCGCAAAUGGAAGACGAUCAUACGCAUGUCCAUGAGCGGUGGGAAAGUGAGGAUAGUACUACACGAGUGUCUGUGCAAGUCAGCAGCUGCACACCGAACAAAUUAGGCUCCUCAUGUACGAGACACACCAAGACCACGAAGGAGAAGGGAAUAGAUGAACGAAGUACUGAGCAUGCAAGACGUGAAUCAGGUGGCGGGUUCAUGACUGAGAGAAUUAACCUCGGACUCCAACAUGACAGUAUGGACGAACAAGACUUCUCUUCCCGCUCAGCGUAUCUACAAGAAGGACAAGGACCUCAAACUCAAGCACAAAAGACCUCUGGCAAAGCCAGGUUCCUGAUCGCGCGACACUGCGUGUACGGCUUCUUCAAUCUCCACACUUCUAUUGCAGAUCAUAUCUUCUUUGGCUGGCGC